AUGUGGCGGAAGCUCUUAGACCUGCGACCCCUAGCACUUCAGUUCUGUCAGUCACAGCUAGGUAACGGCCAGAAUACGAGCUUCUGGCACGAUGUAUGGACCCCGCUUGGACAGUUAAUCACACAUAUCGGUCCUGCUGGCCCAAGAAAUUUGCGCAUCAGAGACAACGCGGUGGUAGCGGAUGCAAUCUCUGGUGUUUCAUGGACACUGCCACACCCUAGAUCACAAAAGGAAGUUGAUUUACAUGCUCAUCUCACUACUCUCAUUUUACCAUUACCUAUUGAUGUUGAGGAUGAUUAUAUAUGGGUUGCUGGUGAUUCCUCUUCUCUCUCUUUCAGGUCGUCCACAACGUGGGAGAGGCUUAGGCCAAGGGAAGAAGUCAAGAGCUGGGUGGAUGUUGUUUGGUUCAAAGGAGCUAUUCCGAAGCUCAGUUUCAACAUGUGGGUAGCCAACUACGAUCGAUUGCCGACACGUUCAAGACUGCUGGCGUGGGGAUUACCUAUCUCCGCUGACUGUCCGCUCUGCUCCACCUACGUCGAAACAAGGGACCACCUCCUCCUCUCCUGUACUUACAGCCACGCUAUAUGGCGAGAGGUCUUCAGCAGAUGUAACCAUCCUGUCGCGCCCUUCACUAAUUGGGCAGAACUGUUAUCUUGGAUCAGAGCUGCAACUUCUUCUAAGAUGCGGCUUCUAAGAAAGCUAGCGUCGCAAUCAGUGGUGUACCAUUUGUGGAAGCAGAGGAACAACUUGAUACACAAUCAGAUUUCACUACCGCCUGCUACUGUCUUCCGAAACGUUGACAGGGAGUUAAGAAAUAUAAUUUCAGCAAGGCGCCAUAGGAAAGGAUACGCUUCUCUCAUGGUCAUGUGGUUGAGAUAA